UCUUUCUAAAUAUAGGCUCAAGGAUGCCCGGGUAUAUAAGUGAUAACUGCGAGUAACUGGCGAUACCUUCCCGUUCAGCCGGUUAUUGCGCGUGCUGCGCGCAUCUAUCCAGCUCUACCUGCUCACGCAGUACUGCGAAAGCAACGAAGGAUUUCUGAAGAAAUAAAAUGGCGUCGAGUCAUCUAGUAGGCUUGUUUCUGUGCGUGCUAGCAGCAACUGUUGCAGCGAUUCCAGAAAAAUGCCGCAUCCCGGAUGAAGACUGGGAAGAGCUGGUCGACCAGUUCCUCGCCAAGGUUCCCAACGACUACUCAUUUCCCGGUCCAAACGAGGCCACCAAACACAACGAAGUGCUCUCCGGCUUCACGGUUGGUGAGUUGACGCUCAGCGGCCUGUCCUUUCUGAAGAGGUACGGCACUGUUCGGGUAUUCUGCAAGAACGGCAAGCCGCGCGUAGACAUUGUCAUGGGUUCGCGAGGGCCACUGAAGAUGUUGGUUCCUUGGAAGUACUGCGGUGGCAAGACUGGGAUCUUGGGCACCCAAGCGAACCACGUCAAAGUUUGCAUGAACUUCGACGUUGAGGAAGUCGACGGCAAGGUGACACUCCGGCCGGUGGGGGUCCACCCCAAGUGGAUUGAGACCAUGGACGUCAAGCUGGAAGGCGCUGGAGAUACGGUCAAGACAGUGGCACACUUGAUGGCCAAGCUUAUGCCAGCCUUUGUCAAGGAUUUCUGGAUCGAGAACCUGCCAUGGAGGAUGCAGAAGAUGCUCGAGCAGCUUGCGAAAUAAAUAAACCAAGUUCAAAUAAUUUGCUGGUCACUUCAGUUUCUUUGAGUUCUAUCAUCCGCAAUAAAAUAGGUAUAAUAAAGAAUUAUUUCUCGUCA